AUGUCUCACAUCGCUACUGAUACAGGAAGGAUUGCAAAGCCACCACCCUUUCGCAAGGCCGCUGGAGAGGUAACCCGGAGGAAGAACAAGAGUGUAGUUGCCGAAAGACCUCCUACGAUACAAGAGGCAGUUUAUGGGUCUGCGUUACCCAAUGCUAGUAGAAUAUUGAACGGGAAUGAGAUUGGUGUUGUAGCUCAUGACUACCACGAUGACGAUUUGCUUGACUUUGACGAGCAAUCCUUUGCGACACGAAGGAUUGCCAACAAUCUUGCAACGCACCACGCCGGUCUUCAAGAUCCGGUUGUCGAAAGCACAUCAGACAGAGACCUAGCUUGGGAGUAUAAGCCCCCUUUAAGUAUUCACUUGAGCCCCGAAGCGGUAGCAAAUCUUCCUCGAGUCAGAAAACAUUUCUUGAAUGGCGAGGGCAUUCAUUUGGACGUUCUACGGCAUGAGAUUCGGAGGUUCCUCGGCCCUGAAGCGUACACUGACGUUCAUCGACAGAUCACCCACGGCUUGGAGUUGUUUUCUGCGAGACCAGUACACCCUGUGAGCAUACAACUUCUUAAAGCCUCUCAUGCGUACGUUCAAGAAAGUAGUGAUAGAAAAGCAAAGGGUCUACAAAGUAUGCCAUAUAGCGAGUCUAAAACUUACCAGCAGAGGAAUGCAACAUGGGGAACAGGAUAUUAUUCGACCUAUGCACCUGCUGAUAUGCUGCCAAUACCUGCUCCGCGAAAACGUAGGGCAGUCGUAAGAACUUCAAGAACUCGUGGCGGCUCGAUAAAUUACUCCAUGAGCGCUCCUUCUGCCGCUCACAACAAUGAACUAGGCGUUGCAUUUUCGCCGGCCCAGGAAUCAAGAAGCUCUACACCUCCCGAGCGUGAUGCUGAUCUCACGAGGAGGCCGACGCUAGCUCAUACCAUGACCGAUCAGACGGUCGAACAGGAUGCCAUUCCCGCUGAGGAAGUUCCAGGGCAAGACACGAGCGCUGUUCCUCUAGCUAGCCAUCAGUCAGCUCGGUGCAGCAGCUCAACGCUGACUGAGAACAGUGAGCCACCGGUCUUGAAUCAAUCUGUCGCCAACAAUACAAGCGGAGCACUCACCCAAAUCGAAUAUGAAAUUACAAGGGAAAAAGCACGCAGGUUGAAUCCAUUCGCUCAAGAUAACCUCCUUGAGGGCCCUGGAUAUAUGACGAGAUUAGCAUCUUGGCAUCCAUUCCGUAAAUCAGUAAAGGUUGAAGUGACUGGGAAUGGACAGCUUCGGGCCAAAUCACCGCCCUUCUGGUUCCAUGAGCUACACAGGCUCCCAGAUCGGCGCUGA